GAAACUCACGCGAUGCGACACCCCGCCACGAGCUGUCGCCACGGAGGCGAGUUUCCGUUCUCCUAUCCCCACGAACCAAACGGUAGGCACACGUACAAUUCAAGAAUUUAAUGCUGCCCCUGGCCCCUGCUGCUGGCAGGACUCGUAACAGUUUUUCAGUGUCAGUAUAUCUCCGGUUUAAUAUCCGUGGACUGUGACUGACCGUAUGCGACAGCCGCUCGUACGAUCAUCGUUAAGUGUACCUGUUUUUUUGGUAUAACGUGUACUGAUAUCGCUGUCAAAAACUUAGCCUGUUAAACAUGGCGAGUGUGAGUACGGUUAUAAACUGUUGUUUGAAUCGUCUAUGAUAUAAAACUAUGGUAAAGAGACAUCUUGUUCCCGUGACGCCGCUGUGUGUGUGUUUAUAUAUUUUGUCAUUAUCAUUUGAAAAUGGAGAGAAGUUCCCCUCCCUGGGAUGCUAAACGGUCGCUUAUUCUAAGGGCGUUUAGUGAUACUCUCUGCGUUGUAAGGGAGCAACAAAUGCAGCAGCAAAAGCAGGAGCAGCAGCAGCAGCAGCAGCAGCCUAAUCAUCAUCAGUUCAAGGAAGAAGACGGAAGUGAAAAUGUUCACCGUAGAAUGUAACCUGCAGGUCCUACUCGCACUACUACAGGAGCAGCGUCGGUAUAAUCAAGAAUGUAAAUGUUCGUUCGUAAAAAUGGGGGGAGUGCAGAAGGAGCUAGUGCCGGCCGAGAAAAUUAGUGCAAAAACGUCGUACCUCGACGUACGUCGUCAUCAGGGUGCUAAAAUUACGAGUAAUAAUAAAAAUAAAUUAUCAAACCCGUCGUCUCCGGUGUACCGCGACUCGAUAACGUCUUGCUCUUCUCUAAUUUGAUUACCUCAUCAGACGGUGAAACAGACAAACAAGUUUAUUGAAAAAAAAAAAAUAAAUAAAUAAAUAAAUCAAGUCACGGGUGAGUAAUUAUUAAAAAAAUUGAAACCAUGUUGCGGUAUGAAAUAUUUUGAUGAAGCUGAGAGAUACGUCAGAGUUGCGUCGGCUUGGUUACGUUUACGUACCUUGAGCUGCCGCAGGUCGUCUCGAGAGCUGAGACCCAUCCGCAGCCUCGAAACGAUUAGAUAAAUAAUAAUAUGGAGGAAAUACGCGGUUCGUCCGCGCAACAGCAGCAGCAGCAGCAGCAGCAGCCGUCGCGACGUCUGUCCCAAAUUCUGGACCCCAUAGCGAGGCUCGCGUCGGACUAUGGAUCUAAUUCCGCUCCUUGCAGCCCGAGGCUCGGGGCUCGACACGACUGCGUUUCGGGUGGCUCCGAGGGCACCAGAGCACAGGCGAGCGGAACUCCCGAAAGUCCCAGACUCCUGCCUCGACGUAACCGUCAGGGACCCACGCCGCCCCCUCGCCCCCAAAAUAGCCCGAUACACUUCAGGGAUUCGCCGUACGUCAACGUUCCGAAUUUGAUGUUCAAAAAGGACAAGAACUUUGCCGACACCGCGAAAAGUGCGGGUUACGUAGAACUGAAGGACAAGUCGAAAAGCAACCCUUACAAUUUCACGUCGGAGCCGAGCGGCUACGUCGAGUACGCCGAGAAACGAACCUUCGGGGCGCAGACCGACUUCGGCCCCACCAGCUUCGAGAACAAGGCCCACGAGAUACAGAAUCUGAACAGGGGUAGGUCGCCGUUCGACUCCGGGCCGUCGAGGCACUUCGAGAGGACCUACUCGUUCUCCGGUAGAUCGAACACCUGCGGUACGAACACUUCGACGCAGGGAAAUCAGGUGGGAAACACGAGGUUGCAUUUCGCCGCGGAGAAUCGAUUGUUCGCCGAGAGAAGUGAGCCGAAAAAAGACAAGGAGAGUAGGCCCGGGUACAGUGCUUCCAAAAGUUUCGACGGGUACACCAGCACCGUGGAGGAACUGAACUGGCAAGAGAGGUGCUUGGAACUUCAACUCGAGCUGCACAGGAGCCGAAGCCAGGCGACCAGGGUGCGAGACAUGCUCAGGGACAAGCUCUCGGAGCUCGAACAGCGGGUGCUCGAAGCAGAGGGUAGGGCGGAUGAAGCCGAAGACAAGGUACGGAUGAUGGAGAAGCGGCUGGUGAAGGGUGAAUAUUGCUUGAGCACUUCCAGCGUCGGAUCACCACCACAUUCGCUGCCGUCAACGUCGGGUGCCCAAAAUGAAAAAAUAGACGACACGCACUGUGCCUGUAUUUCAAAACUUGAGACACAGGUCGAGGAGCAGAGACAAUUGAGACUGCAAGACGCUCGACAGGUUGAAGCUAAGGCAGCUAGGAUAAAGGAAUGGGUUACAAAUAAACUACGCGAAUUGGAACAACAGAAUCAACACUUGAGAGAACAAAAUAAUAAAUGCAAUCAACAACUCGAGCUGCUUCGCAAUCACAUAACAAAUAUUGGACUGAGACCACCUGCACCUACGAGGGCAUCCUUGUCGUUAGAAGUUGAUCCCACGUUACGUCGACGUUCUGAAAGCUUAGAGGCAACACCACAGAUUGGGCAAGACACUAUCCAAAACUCUGUUGCUGAGCCGCAAACCAGUACAAGACACAGACGGCAUUUAUCAGCUUGUGGAACUAUCCAAGUGCAGGGAACUACAGCCAUAAAUAUGGAUGCCAGCAUGUUAUCAGAGGAAUUGGCUGCUGCAGUCGAGAACCUGGUUAUGCUACCGAGUAUCCCUGGGGUCUCAGAAACCAAUAGAGACAGUACUGGCUCCGAGGCAGUCCAUGACUAUGCUGAAAUUUACACACCCAGUCGAGAAGGUGUCAACUGGAGCCAGGCUGGGCAAGGUCCAAGACCUCCCACACCUCCCUUGCACAGAUUUCCCAGCUGGGAGGCAAAGAUCUAUCAGGUUGCCGAUGGUGGCUUGGGAAUCGGUCCUCCGGCUAAUGAAGAAUCAGCACCUUCAACAACUACUAAUACCACAAGUUCAUCCAAGCAUUCUCACGCAACUGGACAUAAUCUGACUGCUCAUAAUUCUCAAGGCUAUUGUGAUAUCUCUGUACCAGUCUAUGCUACUGUGAAGGGUAGGGCCAGUCAAAUACGGUCUAUGCCGUUUGGGGACAGUUCUGACGACAGUUCGGACGGUGAAGAACAUCCCAACCAAACGGAAACUAAUACUAGAAUAACCAACAGCUCAUCGGACAAUACAGAUUCGUCCCUUGGUAGCGGAAGCAGUCCUUCCAAAAGCGUUAAAACUACUAGCAGCUUGAGCCCAGCCAAACGAAGUUCGAGUGGAUCUCCAAGCAAGAGUGUGAAACGUGAUACCUCUCUCGAAUCGGGACUGUCAGAAGACUACGCAAUACCACCCGAUGCUCUAAGCUCAACAUCCUUAGAAUCCAGUAUGCCCAGUUUACUCAUGAGGGUAUCUGGAGAAAGUCCAAAGAGACUCGAAUCGUUGGAGAAAACUGGUCACCUUGCAAAACUGGGUGGCAAACUAAAAACGUGGAGAAAAAGAUGGUUUGUUCUCAAAAAUGGGAUACUCACUUAUUGGAAGAGUCAGAAUGACGUGAAUCGUAAACCACAGGGGCAAAUUAUUCUUGAUGAAGUUUGCAGGAUAAACCGUGCAGAAGGUGCAGCCACUUUUGAAAUCGCCACAGGCAAAAAAACUUACUACUUGACCGCUGACUGUAUAGCAACUAUGGAAGAUUGGAUACGGGUUUUACAAAAUGUUCAAAGGCGUAAUGCGACUAAGUUAUUAUUGAGUAAAGAGGAUAAUAAGCCAACCAUUCAAGGCUGGCUAACCAAGGUCAAAAAUGGACACGCCAAAAAAUGUUGGUGCGUUCUUAUCGGAAAAAUGUUCCUAUAUUUCAAAUGUCCCAGCGAUACGAAUCCUAUCGGACAAAUUAAUAUGAGAGACGCUCGUGUCGAAGAGGUAGAACAUGUAUCUGACAGCGACAGUGAAGAGAGAGAUGCGGAAUGUCCGCACGAGAGAACAAUCGGAAUUUUCCCAACACACCAGGGUCCGACGUAUUUAUUGAUAACCCAUAAACAGGAAAAAGAUAAUUGGCUAUACCAUCUCACGGUAGUGUCAGGAGGUGGGCCCAGCGCUGGUACACAAUAUGAACAAUUAGUGCAAAGAUUAAUGGAAACCGAUGGUGAUCCUAGUUGCGUACUUUGGCGACAUCCGUUGCUGCUGCACACUAAAGAAAAUAUUACAAGUCCUUUGACGAGUCUUACCUCGGAAUCCUUGCAAAUGGAAGCAAUUAAAUUAUUCAAGGCUUGUCAAUUAUUUAUGUCAGUUGCUGUGGAACAGGCUGGAAUUGAUUAUCAUGUCGUAUUAGCACAAAAUGCACUUCAACAGUGCUUGGAUCAGCCAGAACUUCAGUCGGAAUUUGUUAGUGCUUUGGUAAAGCAGACUAGCCGCCAUACUCAACAGCGUUUGGGUGUUCAGGUAAAAAAGGCCGCCAGACGUGUGUCACUGGGCACUGCGCGCGUUCAGCUCCUCCUCUGCGCCACGCAAUCGCUGUUCACCUGCGAUACGCAAAGUCCCACGGCCAGUGGUGGCAGUGAAAAUGCAGACGCCCAAUCGACGGCUUCAACUUCUCACAGUCCUCCGCUCACGCAGGCCCAUUCAACACCAACUAUUUUGGAUUGCAAGACGAAUCCUGCCCAUUACGUGCUAGUCCAAGGAUGGCAACUUCUUGCGUUAGCUGUCUCGCUUUUCCUCCCAAGAAACAACAGACUGUUAUGGUAUUUGAAAUUACAUCUCAACAGAAAUGCUGACUCUAAAACCGAAUGUGGCAAGUACGCGGCCUAUUGCGAAAGAGCUUUGGAGAGAACUUUGCAGAAUGGUGGAAGGGAAGUGAAACCAUCCAGGAUGGAAGUAUUAUCAAUUUUGUUAAAAAAUCCAUAUCAUCAUUCUCUACCACAUGCAAUUCCUGUACAUUUUUUAAAUGGGACUUACCAAGUGGUCAGUUUUGAUGGCAGUACAACCAUCGAAGAAUUUUUAAACACAUUGAAUCAAGAAAUUGGGUGCCGCGAUGUUCAUCAGUCCGGAUUCACUCUCUUCAGUGAUGAUCCAAUUGAAAAAGAUCUGGAACAUUUUAUCGACCUACAAGCUAAAUUAUGCGACAUAAUAUCAAAAUGGGAAACAGCUUUGAGAGAAAAGGGUUCUGGAAAAUUUGAAAACACAAGAGUAAUACAAUUGACUUACAAAUCAAGAUGUUAUUGGAAACAUGCUGUCAAAAUGGAAACUGACAGGGAAAGACUUUUACUAUGUUAUCAAAUCAAUCAACAAGUUGUACAUGGAAAAUUCCCUGUGAAUCGAGAACUUGCUUUCGAACUUGCCUCAUUAAUGGCACAGAUCGAUUAUGGGGAGUAUAAUAAUGAAAAGACUCGUGGCAGCGGCGGACCUGGGAAUAAUCCCCAUCAUCACGUAUUGCAGGCUCUUGAUAAAUUUUAUCCAAUUCGAUAUCGAACGAACAUCACUUCUGAUCAGCUAAGAGAACUACAAGAUAAACUUCAAGAAAAAUGGAUAUCGUUGAGGGGUCGUAGCGUUUUGGACUGUGUUAGAAUAUAUUUAACUUGCACCAGGAAAUGGCCUUUCUUCGGUGCCACUUUAUAUCAAGCAAAGUUGAAACAAGUUGAGCCGGCGACUGUUUGGAUUGCCGUCUCGGAGGACAGUGUCACAUUGCUUGAGUUGCAAACAAUGGCAGUAGUUUGCCGUUAUAAUUAUGGGAAUAUAAUUACCUUUGGUGGUUGCUUGGAUGACUUCAUGUUAGUUGCCUGUCCGGAUGAAGGUGCUGCCGAACAAAAACUUCUAUUCUCACUUAAUAAGCCCAAGAUUCUAGAAAUUACAUUAUUGAUUGCUGACUACAUGAAUGCCUUGGGCCACGCUUUACCGGGAACACCACAAAUGAAUACCUUAACACGAAACGGUUCACAUAGGUCUAUAAAAUCAACGUUGAGACCUGCUACUGGUUCAAGCUGUCUUCCAACACAACCGGAUAUUUUAAAAUCAACUCCAGACCACCAAAGACCCUAAAAAGACUGGACGAUAUAAUUUAUUUUCAAAUAAAUGAAUAAUAUUACCCUGAUAUUUCACUGAAUAAUGAAAGAUGUGGUGCUCUGAGGCGCUAAUGAUUGAAAAGUGAUUCGUAUUUGUACGUUUGCUAUUUAAAUGUCCCAUACAAUGCAUAAGAGACUCUCAUUGUAAAAUUACAAAGAUUGAGACGUCCGUACUCGGACAAAUUCAUGGAAUGUCAUAAGUAUAGCUGUUUGAAUUUUCAUUGUAGUCAUUGAACCAUUUGAUAUGAUUAUAAAAAUCACAAAUUAUCACGAAUGAUAUGGAUCAAAAUGAUAUUAAGACUAUACAUAUAUAUUUGAUUAGCCUGUGUUGAAUAUGACUAGCGAUUUAUAAAAGCGUCGAGACGAAUAUGUUGAAUCCGCGGAAACACUGCCUGAUAUUUGAAUACGAGCAUCGAAUAGUUUUGUGCGAAACCGAAAAAGCAAUGUGCUGAAAUUGAAACUUUUUGCUACACGUUUAUAUACCAAACUCGAAUAUAAGGUGAAUUAUCAUUUAUAAGUAAUCAAUAAUUUUAAUGAAUCAUAGUAAUUUACGUAAUUUGUACAUACGAACUAUAGUCAUACAUACGUAUGGAAAUAUAUAUAUAUUAUGUAUGAUCGAAUAGGUAUAUCAAUAGAGUAGAGCUUCAGAAGUGUACGUUUAUGAGAAAAAUAAUAAUAACAUGCAUCAUCUGCAGUCAUGCAACCAGUAGUUUCGCAACGAUAGAGACGGUUAUUGAUCGCACGUAAUUUUGAUACAUUCAAGUGCUAAUAAUUAAAAUAAAUUAUACUGCAGUGCUCUUUGUUAGUAAUAUAUCAUCAGUAUUAUCCAGAUCUGAAACACCUUUAUCGGUAUACAUUAUGAUUUCAAAUUUAUUUUUCAAUGUACCUACAUAGUAUAUCGAUAUAAUAGAGCUGGUGAAACGCCAACACUUGAAGUAAUACCCUAUUUAACUUUUAUAUGUUUAGAUUCGUAGCAUUCAUUGAAGCGGACCUUGUCGAGACCCAAUACCCACAUGAACAAUUGUGUUUGAACGAAUCUCUUGCCAAAACUAUGCCAUUCAAAAUAAUUACGAAAAAAUAAAGUCCAAACAGUUUUAGAGAAAAUUUUAAUGGAUAUUUGAAGCACGUCAAUUCAAUUCACUACUUAUGUAUCACAUCUGUAUGUUUUGUCCACGUAUUGCUGGCCUGCGUAAUGAGGAAUAUAAUUGACGAUUUUCCACCAAGAAAGUAAAUAUAAUCUUCUCUCAAAAUACCUCAUCUCAGAGCUUCAAUACUAAUGAUUUUGCAAUAAUUUAUUAGUACAGCUAUAGAAUGUGGUUUUUUAUAGUUUUGAAACGCCAUAAAGAUUAACAAAUUAAUACUUUUCAAGGUUUUUUUUUUAUGUCUUAGGGAAUGUUAAUAAUGAUCUAUAGUAUUUAUUCUCACUUCUAGAUAGUUAUUUUACAUUAAUAUUAUUGAUUUUAAUCUACUUGACGUACAAGGUAAAAAUUAUCUUGUCGAGAAGGCAAUGUAAUUUUUAAUUAUAAUCCAUUGACGAUGAAAUUUGAUCAACACGUAUUUUUAUAUGUCGCAUCCGAUUCAUAUACAUAUGUAUAAAUAAUAUUCUGUGCUGAGUGUAACCAUUACGGUGAAACAGACAUUUUCUUUCUACAUCGUGUGUGUCUAUGAUAAUACGUACGUGUGUAUAUACCUACAUAUAUAAUAUUGAAAAAACAUAUUAUAUACAUUGAAAUUACCCGAGUUGAUUCAUCAUGAUAUUAUUUUGAAAUUGACUAGUCUCAGCAUAUAACACAUAUACAGAGAUAAAACAAAUAUAUAUUUAUUUAUAGAGAAGAGAAAUUCGGUUUUUCUUUUAAAUUUAUUUUAUGUUAUAUUUUCUUUUGUCAUAUAAAUACCACAUGACCAAAUAGUUGUAAAGAACAUAAACUUUAUUUAAUGAAAUAUUUCGCAGUAACGUAUUCGGUAUAAAUACAUAUACUCAUAUUUAAUACGAAUUGAAUACCGUGAGUCGACGCAGAAGUUUUGGAUGUGUUUAACAAAGUUUUAACUAUGUAACUAGCGUAUUACGUCUUCCUUUACCGAGUAACAAGAUAAAUAAUUAAAUAAAUGGGUAAAUAAAUAAAUAUAGAGCUUUUAAACCAAUACAAGACUUCUAUAUUCCAGUCUUAACAAAAAAAAACUCAAGAAAAAUAACAUGGAAAAAUGGUAUGUGCAGAAGCAGUCUAUCAGAAUGAAAAAUGAUGUACAUACUACACCUGCAUGUAUGUAUAAAUGAUUAAAAAAUACUGAACACGUCUUCACAUGACAUGUGCGAGAUCAAAAAUCGAAAUUUCAAUAUUACGGCUGGAGAGUAUUAUCGAUGGAAUUACAACGGCAAGAAAAAUAUUAGCCUUGUGAUGCCUAAAGAUGCAAAGCAGUAAUGUUCUAUGUAUGUAUGUAUGAAUUUUCUAAAACUUAAAUAGGUGCGGCAUAACAGAGGUGGUCCGACACCUCAUCGUUAUCAAAUAUACACUCAUUAUGUAAAUAUAAAAAUAGAAAUGGUACCUUUAGUGUCUACGUAUACGUGUAUGGCUACAUAUCUGCAUAGGCAUAUUUACCUAUGAAUUUUGUGUGCACGCAUGUAUCGUGACUUCUAAAUCAAAAUGCACAGCGAUUACGUGAGAAGAAGUACUUUCAGAUAUACAUAGAAAGGGCGCUUGUACCUUCUCGUGUAUACCUGCUCUCUGUACAAAUGAUUUCUGUAUAUUCUUAUUUAUUAUUUAUUCACAUAAAACAACAAGAGCGUUAAAACGCAUACGAUGUAUGGUAAUAAAAAAUAUACUGUACUAUUGUACAAAAACGAAA